AUUGAGGUCGUGGUCGGGGAUAUAACGACCUUUCAAGUUGAUGCCAUCGUCAAUGCAGCCAACUCUCUUCUUCGCGGAGGGGGUAGAAUCGACCGCCUGAUACACGAAGCUGCAGGUCCAGGACUACUAACUGAGCUCUCCCGUCUCUACCCCGGAGAACCUGCCGGAGAAGGAGGCUACGCCUACCCCACUAGAGCUCACAACAUCCAAACUGCUCAAGACAUCAUUCACGCCAUAGGGCCGUUCUGUAAUGCAGGCCGAGAGGAACAGGCACGUAUGGACCUUCAUGCUGCAUACUACAACUCUAUGGAGCAGGCGAUGGCUCUCGGCGCUAGGACCAUUGCAUUCCCUGCUAUCUCGACAGGAGCUUAUGGUGUCCCGAAUGAUUUGGCUGCAAUGAUUGCCAUGGAGGCGGUUCGGGAGUUUCUUGACAGAGAGGCA